AUGCCUUCUACCAACAAUCACCCUAUCAAGGUGCCUCCAGGCCCACCGCUAUACAGAUUCGCUGCAACUGCUCUCGGUGCCAGUAUGUGGUUCUGGUUGAUGUACCGCGCAAAGAAAGACGGCCCUGUGCUCCUCGGCUGGAAACACCCAUGGGAUCAUUAA